AUGAUUCGAUUGGUUUCUUUAGCUGUGUUCAUUCUGUUUGGAACCCAUCCAGUUCACUGCCAAAACGGCUUCGCUCUCUAUAACGCUACCAACCUCGACGUGACCCUGGGUACAGGAUGCGUCGAGGCUCUCUCCACUCGCAUCGGCUGCGACCCCUACGUUCAAAGCUUCGCUGAACGAGGAUAUCGAGGGCCUUUGCCGAACACGGCUCUCACUGACGCCGUUUGCACGUCUGACUGCUCUGGCUCCUUGAAAGCCUGGUUCAACGAUGUCACGACCCGCUGUCAGGGCAUGACUCUGGACGAUUCCGUCCCGAACCGUGUCGGAGGCUACCUCUGGGCCGGGUUCAAUGAGACUUGCGUCAAAGACCCCAAGACCAAGAAAUAUUGCAACGACAUCAUCGCCAACUUCACGGCCGUCUCCGAGUACAAGAAGAUGCCGCAGGACGAACUCUGUCACACUUGUCACGUCCGCCGCAUCGCCCUGAUGCAGUCCUCGCAGUACUCCACUUACGACGGCUAUUACAAAGAGCUUUUGGAGUACAUCUACAGCAAGUGCAACGCCAAGGGACCCACGGAUAUCCCUCCGCCUUUGACAAAGUCGCAGCCAGAGGAAGCUCCAUACUGCGUCACGGGCAAGCGAUACAUCACCAAGAAGGGUGACACCUGCGAGUCCAUUGCCAACGCGACGAGUGUUUCCUCGGCCGCCAUCUACAUGGGAAAUCAACAGCUCAUCCCGAACUGCCUCGACAUUGACGCUGGCGUCAGCGUCUGCGUGCCUCUUACGUGCCAGACGUACUACGUACGGCCUUCGGACACCUGCGUGUCGAUUGAAAUGGCCCUGGGCCUCGAAUUCGAUCAGAUACGUACCCAUAACCAGUGGCUGUACUUCGACUGCUCUAAUCUUCAAGACGUCACUGGCUUCUGGGGCCGCAUCAUAUGCGUCUCGCCGCAAGGCGGUACUUAUACGGGUACCGUUCCCGCACCAGCACCUACUGAGGCACCGCUCGGUGAUGGAUAUACUAGGAAUAUCAUUGCGCCUCCUGAGAAAGCGAAAGUGGCAUCCGGAACGACGCUGAACUGUGGGAAAUGGCACGUGGUGGCGGAUGGCGAUACAUGCAGCAAGAUAUGCAUCCAAGAGGGUAUUGAGGCCAGCCUGUUCCGCCUCGUGAACCCCUCUCUGGUGGGCAGUUCCUGUACGGCGUCUCUGCAGCCGUCAACGGCUCUUUGUGUCGGGCCGACGUAUUCGUGGAACUCGACGAUCUCUGGUACCUCAUCACAUUCGGUUGCCAGUAGCUCUGUCGUUUCGUCUUCGAAGAAAACAUCCAGUUCCAAGGCUGCGGUGGCCAUGGUUGCGUCUUCACCUCCGAAGUAG